AGUGUUACACGUCGUUUAUCAACUCAUACAUUAAUUUCAGAACUUAAUUUUUUGUGCUAUAUACUAGUCAUAUAAAAAACACUUUUUUUGCGGCAUCGACAUUUACUUUAAUUAAGUGAAUCAGUUAAAGAGGAGUAAUGGAUACCAGUGGCAUUGUUCCAGACAUCAUUGAUGUUAUACCUAAGGCACGACUGGAGGUCAGUUAUCCAAGCGGUGCAAAGGUAGAGCUGGGCAAAGAAAUCACUCCAAUUGAGGUGAAGGACGAACCUACAGUUACUUGGGAAGCAGAUAAUGAUGCUCUAUAUACUUUGAUAAUGGUCGAUCCAGACGCACCAUCGCGUGCUGAGCCCACAUUCCGUGAAAUUCUUCAUUGGCUUGUAGUUAAUAUUCCAGGAAAUAAAGUAACGCAAGGUGAAACUAUUGCUGCUUAUAUAGGCUCUACACCUCCACAGGGAACUGGACUGCAUCGCUACAUUUUUCUGGUCUUUAAGCAGGCGGGAAAGAUUGAUGCUACGAACAUUACUCCAAAGAUUACAAUACGCGAAAGCCGCCGCAACGCAAAUACUAGGCAAUUCAUGGCCAAAUACAAUUUAGGGGAACCAAUCGCUGGAAAUUUCUAUCAGGCACAAUACGAUGACUAC